AUGGCCGCCGAUAUCCCCGUUAUCGAUGCUCACAUCCAUCUCUUUCCCGAAUCAGAGCUUCCAACAUUGGCCUGGUACAAGCCAGAGAGUCCGUUAGCGAAACAGUACUCGAUAGAACAGUACAAGGCUGCUACAGAAGGUUCUACGCCGAAGGGCUUCAUUUUCCUGGAGUCGGAUCGGAAGAAUGACUUGGAAGCUGGAGAGAAAGACGGCAGUGGCUGGGAAGACCCAUUAAAGGAGGUUGCCUGGCUGAAGCGCAUCGUUACUGGUCAGCCCAAACCGGGUGAGGGCCACACUGAAGAAGACGCCUCCUUAUGCCUGGCUUACAUUCCGUGGGCGCCCAUGCCCAGUGGCGCUGCUGCCAUGGAGAAGUAUAUCGAUCUAGUAAAGCAGGAGGCUGGUGAGAGCUGGCCUAAGGUCAGGGGCUUCAGGUACUUACUACAAGAUAAGCCGAGCGGGACCAUGUUAACGGACAAGUUCAUCGAGAGCUUGAAGGUCCUUGGUCGCAAGGGUCUCGUGUUUGAUUUGGGCGUCGACCAACACAACCGCGGCAGGGCCCAACUAGAAGAGGUUGUCGAGAUGAUUGAUCGCGCACAUGACGGAGUACCUGAGGAGGAGAGAGUCACCCUUAUAAUCAACCACCUAUGCAAGCCAGAUCUGUCCAUCUAUAACGUACAAACGAGCCCAUCCUUCAUCGCGUGGCGCACGGCCAUCUUCACACUAAGCAAGUGCAGCAAGACAUACCUAAAGCUAUCAGGUGGCUUCUCGGAAAUGCCCGAGUCACUACGACAGCGUUCGCCUGAGGACAUUUUCGAUGCCAUAAGCCCGUGGCUUAGCGUCGCCCUGGCCGCCUUCGGCGCCUCCCGCAUCAUGUUUGCUAGCGAUUGGCCUGUAUGCACGGUUGGCGUCGGCGAGGAUGCCUGGCACAAAUGGAAAAAGAUUGUCGAUCGCAUGUGCUGGAUGGCCUCCUUCGAGGACGAGGAAAAGCGGUUGAUCUUCGGUGGCACGGCAGUCGAGGCUUACGGUAUCAAAAUCUAAAAUCCAGAGUUUGUUAUUUAUCCAAACUAUGGUUCUGGAAGAAAGAGGUCGAGGUUGAAAAAUAGCGAUGCAAAAUUUCUACAUUCACACGCGCCCAUGACGCCCCAUAUCUUACGCAUACUCGAAUAUAUAAUCAAAAAAAUGAACGACGCAUGAUAUUUAUCUACAUACCCACCUCUUCUCAUACAGAUACGUCGUGGAUAUAUCCGCGCUUACUUAGGUACUGACCUAGUUAUUGCCUACAUAAUAGUCAGUCAAGUACCUACUUGGGGAUGUUCAUCGCAUCGUCCAACUGAUUGGUUGCGGGAUAAGAAAAUCAUAUCUAGCAUAUGCACGGAAUAACGUAUCUUAGGAGUAGCAUGUAUCAAAUUUUUACUCCUUGGUGUGCAAUUGUUUUCUUUGCUGAGACUGCCAUACACUACAAAGUACUCACCCCCUAUUCAUAUCAUUGACACAUGCACCCUACAAUCAGAUUCUUAUCUGACUGGUUGUACCGAGGCACAUAUCUGGAUAGGUAUGUGCGUACGUCCAGCAGACAAACUACCUACCUAGGGUACAUAGUACAUACCUAGUAACAACCUCAACCUUCCGAGGUCAUCGUCAACUACUAGGCAGGCAGGUACCUACAUAUAUUAUACACCCAAAUUGCGAGGCCCCUAGGGAGGUAUGUAAGUCGGCGAGAUCACAAGAACGAGUAGAACUUGGAACUUGAC